UCAACACUUGACAAUAAGCUGAAUGAAAAAUUAAAGAUAAUAUAAAAUAUUGACUAACUUUACACAUUCCUUACUCUACAUUUUUAUUUAAAUUAAUUUCUGUAUGUAGGAUCUAGUUUAAAUUUCAAUAUGUACUAUAAUUAUAAUUGAAAUACUCUUAUAAUCAACUUAGUAAAUGUUGUAAACGUGUUUCAAGUCAUAAAAUUUAAACUGUUUUUUACUGCCGUCAAUUAAUUGACAUGAAAUGAAUAAUAGUUUGUAUUGGCGAUGAACAUUUUCUUAUUUUAUGGAAAAUAAGGUAAUUUCUUAAAAUAUAUAAAACAGGCAUUUCCUAACAAUUAGCUAUUUGUAAAAUGACUGCAGGACAAUUACUAACUUAGCAACUUCACAGCUAAUAAUAUUUUCAUAAAAGGUACUCGGACCUUGACUUUUUCAGUAGAUAAUAAUAAUGACUGUCUCUGCUCGAGAAUUAACCUAAGGCCAGACAAUGAAUAGAUAUGCGAUGAUCAUACGUAUAUGCAUAUAUACAUAUAUAUUGAUCAAUUUGGCUCUUCUCCACUUACAUAAAAUUCAGCUGACUUUCGCGUGGCCGAAAGCACCCCAACAAUAGAUGGUCUAGUGUCCCCCGUGUCGCAAACGAAUUCGAAUUGUUCAAGUCCCUGGCUACUUUAACUGAUAGAGGCAGCCGAACGUCGUUGGGCACGAUUCCAACCGAACGGCAAGUCUAGAAUCUAAGAAACGAAAACCCCAAAGAGACCGCCGCGAUAAGGAAAAAACAGAAACCGAAACCUAAACAGUCAACGGAGUUAAAAACGAGCCAAUGCCAGUUAUCGAGCAGACAGCGAUCCCGCCUAGCGGAGUGGUCUCGUUUUGCCGUUAAACGGGACGCGAGUGCGGUAUACUAACCAAAGAAACGUUUCUCUAUACUUAAUAGGGCAUAAAUCAAAACCGAGUGCUAAUUGAUAUAAGCUAACUGAAAUAUAACUCAUUCGACGCGUGUACAAAUCGCCGGCCUCUUAGCAAUGAUGCAAACCCUGAAACCACCUCCACCGCUACAUCAUCAUCACCAGCAUCAGCAGCAGCCACAUCAACACCAGCAGCAUCCGCAGUUGCAACAUCCACAGCUGCAGCAGCAGCAGCAGCAGCAGCAACAACAGCACCUGACAGUCAUGGAUAAUCACCAGCAACAUCAGCCGCAUAUCCAUCAGCAACAGCAACAGCAGCAGCAGCAACAAUUGCCACCCACGCCGCAGGCAUCGCACCUGGUCGGUGGGCAGCAGCAGCAACAGCAGCAACAGCAUCCGCACCACAAUCACCUGGCUGUCGACCAGGAUGACCCAAAUCCCGAACUGGUGCUCGCCUUAAUUUCCAGGAACCGUGCGCUCGAGGCUACGAUCCCCAAGUGCGGUGGCUGCCACGAGCUGAUCCUGGACCGUUUUAUCCUGAAGGUGCUGGAAAGGACGUGGCACGCCAAGUGCCUGCAGUGCAGCGAGUGCCAUGGCCAGCUGAACGACAAGUGUUUCGCGCGGAAUGGCCAGCUCUUCUGCAAGGAGGACUUCUUCAAGUCGAACAGACGUUACGGUACAAAGUGUUCCGCUUGUGAUAUGGGCAUACCGCCCACGCAGGUGGUGCGUCGGGCCCAGGACAACGUCUACCAUCUGCAGUGCUUCCUGUGCGCCAUGUGCUCCCGCACCCUGAACACCGGCGACGAGUUCUACCUGAUGGAGGAUCGCAAGCUCAUCUGCAAGCGGGACUACGAGGAGGCCAAGGCCAAGGGCCUCUAUUUGGAUGGCUCCUUGGAUGGCGAUCAGCCAAAUAAGAGACCGCGCACCACGAUCACCGCCAAGCAGCUGGAGACCCUGAAAACCGCCUACAACAACAGCCCCAAGCCCGCCCGCCAUGUACGUGAGCAGCUCUCCCAGGACACGGGCCUGGACAUGCGGGUGGUGCAGGUCUGGUUCCAGAACAGGCGGGCCAAGGAGAAACGACUGAAAAAGGACGCGGGACGCACGCGAUGGAGUCAAUACUUCCGCUCGAUGAAGGGCAACUGCUCGCCACGCACCGACAAAUUCCUCGACAAGGAUGAACUGAAGGUCGACUACGACAGCUUCAGUCACCACGAUCUGAGCAACGACAGCUACAGCACCGUCAAUUUGGGUCUGGAUGAGGGCGCCUCGCCGCACAGCAUCCGCGGCUCCUACAUGCACGGCAGUUCGAGUCCGUCGCAGUUUCCGCCGAGCAGUCGCUCACCCCCGCCCGUGGGGCAGGGUCAUACGUUCGGCACGUAUCCGGAUAAUAUAGUGUACACCAAUAUAGAUCAAGCGGUGGGCUCCAGUUUGCAUGCCAACAAAUCGCACCAUCGCCUGCACAGUAGCAACAAUGUCUCCGAUCUGAGCAAUGAUUCUAGUCCCGAUCAGGGAUAUCCCGAUUUCCCGCCCAGUCCGGAUUCCUGGCUGGGCGAUUCGGGCAGCACGAACAACACCAGCGCCAACAACAAUGCAAACAACAAUAGUAGCAGCAACAACAACAAUAACAGCAACAACAACAACAACAGCAGCAGCGGUGGAAGUGGCAGUGUUAGUGUUAGUACCGCCCCCAAUUUGUCAGCGCCGGGCGUACAUUACUGAUACUCAAAUUUGCUUUUGCGUUAUUUUGAGAUGCAGUCACGUAGUCUGCUGUUGGCGGCUGCCCAGCAGCAACAUCAGCAACAUUCAUCGCAACUAUAGCAGCGACGCCAUAUUGAAAGCUCACAACAGUAACAGCAGCAACACCAGAUGUUGCAACAGCAGCAGAAAUAGUAACAGCAACAGCAGUAAAAUCUUGAGCUCCAACAUUAACAGCAGCAAUGUAAACAGCAGCAACAUCAACAACAGCAACAACAUUAACAGCUGCAACAGCAAGAGAAAAGCUUAACCCAUGAGAUAUAUAUAUAUGGCAACGCUGUCGUGUGUGUCUUAACCCACAUCUUAUUGUUUACGCACUAAGCCUUUAUAAUUUUUAGUGAACAAACCCCAAAAAAAAACAACACAAUUUGCUCAAAAUCCUUGAUUUCAAUUCGGUUUGCCAACGGUGGGCUUAGCUUGAGAAUACACCUUACACGGCUUGAAUGUUACUAAGCGUUAUGAUUACAUUUGUUCUUGAACGAUUACUUCGCUCUAUCAUUUACAUUCGUAACCCUGAUAUUUUAUUGUAAAUAUUGUAUAUUUGUGUAUAGUGAAUGGAAACUAAAACUGAAUUUUAAAUUAAUUAAGUCUGUAUAGCGUCAAACAAAUGCGGGGCAUUGCGAGCACAACAUUGGUUAGGCCCUGCCCCAAAAACAAAACAAAACAAAAAAAUCAACAAGUUAUUUAUUGCUUUAUAUAGGAAUACAACAAAAUUGCAUAGGAGAAAUAUCAAUUACGAAAACGUGAUGUCGUAUUUAUAUCUAACAAAAAAAAAAAACAAAUACAAAAACCAAAAAAUAUUUCAACCAAAUAGAAAUGUCAGUAAAACAGCAACUACGUAAAAUGAUAAAACGAAUGCGAUGAAAUAAAUUACUAUUUGACACAUAAGAAUAAAAGACAACAAAA